AUGUCUCAAGAGUCCAACGCCGGUUCGCGUCGUACGGAAGGAGGACUGGCAAAUGCGUUGGAAAUCCUGACGGUGGGCCAUCAGCCCCGUCAAUCAGAACAUCUGCGCAGUGAUAAGGUGUUACUCGGCGAAGUCCAACGUCACAUCGGGCGUUUGGAGGAGAAGAUCGAGCAAAACAGAGCGCUAUUACUGCAGAAGGACCGUGAGAUUUCAGACCUGGAUCACGCAAACAAGGACGUGCAUGAUGAUCUUGCCCAGCAUAAGACAAGACUCCGAAAGGUGGAAACGGAGAAACAACUACUGCUUCAUGACAUCAGUCACUUGAACCAAGAGAUUGAUGCGAAGAGUACUGCGUUAAAGAAGUCGAAUGACGACUUCGUUAAGGCGCAGAAGACCAUCAAGGUCCAAAGUGAUCUGAUCUCUGGUGCGAAGGACGGACCUAAACCUCACGGCACUCCUCAGCGCUUUGGCCCUCCUGCCGGUGCGUACAGCCAGGUGUACAAUCAGCCGCCUCCGGCCUACAAUGCUCCCAGCGGUCGCUUCCCUCACGCUCAAGCUGCCACAGCGGCACAACAUACAGCUCCUGGCCUGCGUCGUCAGUCAUCCAAUCAUCCGACCUUUCAACCACAACCCUUGUUUAGCACUCCUGCCAAUCAACGUCGCCCAUCUGUGACUCCGCCAGCGUACAACCCCUAUCAAAGCCAGCAAGGCGUGCUCGUCCGACAGGACACCGACCAAGCGUCCGGAGUCGAUUUGAUUGGAGACUUCACUCCACACUUCCACCUCAUCGAAACAUGGACGCACAACUACGUCAGCGUCCCCGAUCAGCAUAAGGACCAGUUCAUAUCAGACUCUCUACGCAAUUGCCUCGCCGUAGCCACCGAUCCUCGCACAGCCAUGAAGCUCAUGACCUCCAGCAAGACUCGACCCUUGCUCAUCGCGCGCGUUAUCAACCAGCUUAUUGUCGACUUCGCAUUCCGUCCUAUGCUCCUCCGAGGCUUCUCGCCCUUCUACGACAACAAGAUCUCGAGCUUUCGCGGCCAGCUGAUGGGCAAUAUCCCCUCCAACGUCCGUCGUGCGCUCCUCCUCGCUUGCGCCGAGACAGUCGUGGAUAUGACUCAGGCAGAGGGUUUUGAAGGUUGGAUGGAUCGCAACAUCACGCCCAAGGUUCACGACAUGUGGCACCUACUCCAACCCCUCUUCGCUCACGGCACCCCUCGCGAUGCAGCUUGGAACGAUCUGAAUCGGAUCUGGAGAGAGGCCACCCGCAUCGGCAUCCUGAUGCUCUCGAAGCCGUGCAUCUACACGCUGGACUUCCCUCCCAUGGGCCCAAACUCUUACUUCAACCCGAGCAACAUGUGCAACCGCGACCAAGAUUUCACGCAGAACCCUCAGGCCCUCAGCAGCAUGGCCGUCUCUGUCCGCCUUGCCAUCACGCCCAUCAUCACCGAGACGGACUUCAUGAAAGACGCAAUCGAGGCGAAAUGUCUGCACCAGGCCAUGGUUUUGCUUGCCAUCUAG